UAUGAUAUUUCUCAUUAUUAGGUGUGUUAUAAACAUAUGGAUUCAUAGCUACUAAACUGUUAAAGCCUAGAGUUUACUGCAUAGGUGGAUGUUAUUCUGUGCACAUUGUCUCAUGUGGGUUAUCUGACACACGACUGCUGCGAUGUAGUAAUGGUGGCACAAAGUGUAGAGUUACCCACCGGUUGCUACAGCAAUGUUGCUGAGCAACAUCUGAUAACAUUAAAGACAUGCUGAGAUCAGGUUAGACACCUGCUUCAGAUCUGCUUUUGCUUUUAGGACGAUUUCAGCACCCUGGACAGCGGCGGGUGUCUGUGAACUGCUUCAGUCAGGCCGAUUAUUUCUUCAUUAUCUUCAUGAAGGCACACAGAGGAUAAGCAACCUGAAGGCAAGUCUGUAACCAUGCCUAUGUAGAGGGAUGUUCAGGAAGAUCAAUAAUGUGUUCCGUCCCAACCAGCAAGGACACAGAGGUCGGGAUGGCGGUGGCAGGAACCAGACCCAGCAGGACUACCACAAUGCCUGCACCGUCCGGCUGGUCCGCAGCACCUCCAUGCUGGUGGUGGGAGAGAGAACUCAGACAGUCGAGGGCUCCACGUUAAAACGCAGCAAGAGCACAGUGAGCAUCGAGUCGACCUUGUACUACUAUCAGAGACAAGAGGACAGGAUAUGGCUGUACUCGCAGAACCAGAACUGCCUGGAGUACCUGGAAGCACUCGUGGCUCUGAGGAGGCAGUACACAAAGAGCGUGAGUGACUUGAAAAGCAGCGACGCCAAGGCCACAGUGUCCUCCAAGAAGAAGCCUGCGCCCCCGCCGCCUAAAAAGCAAGAACCGAUAUCAAGAGCUAAACCCUCGGCCCCUCCGGUCCCCAGCGAAGAGGACACUCUGCAGUUCUUUGAUGCCGUUAUUGCCAGCUGUGACAAUGAACCUCAGCGCAAACCUUACAUGGAUGAUGGACACGCAGAUGUUGACUUCAUAGUGGCCUCCAGCUCGGCCGAACACGACCUCCACUCUAACUGGGUCCUGCGGGUUCCUCGGGUCGCUGACGACUCCAAACAGAAACAGGACUGUGCCAACGAAAGCGCCCCGGUGAAGAAAAAGCAGAGCGGGUCCACGAGCAGCAGACUGCGACUCCAGAGGAACCCGAUCCACCUGCCCAAAGUGGUGGAGAGCGCAUUCCAGACUCUGCGCUUCAAGCCCAAAUUAAAAAAGCAGUGAAGCUUGAUGGACAUUUGAAACCAGAAGCACUGCCACACCGCUGACACAGAGCUCAGCCGAAUUUGUUUGGUCGGACGCCACACUCUGGAAAAACAUCUGUCCACUCAGUCAAAGAUGACAUUAAAACACUUAAUUAAGGAAACCGCAUUUAAAUCUGGACAACUGGUGAAAUAAAUUCUACCGGUCCAAAUGGGCCAUUUUAUCAGAAGAAAUUUUGACUUCCAAGAAACAUAUAGUGUCAUCCAUCAUACAUAUCACAACACCAGGACCCUGAAACUGAUUAAUUUUAUUAUCUGUGCUUUUCCAGCUAUGACAUGUCAGAUGUCUUCAAAGGAGGCUCAUUCAGGAUCACUUGUUUUUCUGAAGAGACGUACAUUAAUCUCAGUUGGAGGAAUAUAGCUUAGAUGGUUUUUGCUACAUGGUCUGAAAUAAAAACUAAUUCCUUCCGACAUCUACAGAUUACUUUGACCCAUCUGUUAAUAGAAUUUCUUCUCAAGAGGGUCUUUGAACUGAACCGCAUAAGAGAAAUGGUUCAAUAUUGCGAUGGAUAUGGAAUUUUGGCGAGCACAGUUUAUGGUUCAGACCAGAGGAGAGACUGCAUUCCUCUGAAGUAUCAAAGCAAACUGUAAAAUGCAACAAUGUCUCCUUUCAAGCUGGAAGUCAAAGAGUACUCGCAUGAAUCUGUCUCAUUUAAGUGAGGUUCAUCGAGGCGAAGUUGGAGUGCUGGGCUGUCUGAAUAGCA